AGGCAAGCUUUCUCUCUCUUUCUCUCUCUCUCUCUCUCCCUCUCCCCCAUGCAGGAGGGAGAGGAGAACCGCAUUACAGCCUCUAUCGUGAUGGAGAGAGGAGAAAAAAAAAGCAGCAGCAAUAAAUGACGUCUGGGGCUUGGAGCAGAACUGCCUUUGGAAAUUCUUCAGUUGCAGUAUCCCUGGGAUGCUCAGAGAAGCUGAGAGAAAAGGAGUGAAUUCUAGGGGAAGGGGAAACCAGAGAAAAAAUUAAAAGGCAAACAGUGACAUGAGGGAAAAUAAUGGAGAAAGAUUGUAUUAUUCAUCAUUUCUUAAUCAAUCGGAGUGCAGAAACACAAGUCAGACUGUCAGCAGGCGAGACAAGACCUCUCAUUUCACUGUUACUCUUCAGUUACUUGCAUACCCAUGGAAUACACUGAGAUGUUGCAAUGCAGAGCUGCAGGAGAAAUUCUGCCUUAAAGAGAAAAGGCAGUACAAGCAAUGAGCACAAUUAACCUCUUUUUGUUAAAUUAGUCUCCCACGCUCUCCUGAAGACAUGGAGAAAUUGAGAUUGAAAGUGUUACAUUCACAAAUAUUUAAUACAGAAAAUAUUCUUGGCUGAUUGUUGAUGCUGUUACCAUGGUAAUAGGAACAUAUUUUUAAGAGACAAGGAUACGACAGAGGCAAACCAGCAUGCAGAGCACUGUUGAAUGGGAUUUACAGAAGCUGGUUGGAUUGCUGAUAUUUAAGGCACAGAAACUGGACUUGACCACCAAACCUAUCUUUGUUUUACUGGUAGGACUGGUUUUCCUCUUCAUUUGGUACUGUUAUCAGGUGGGCCGCACAGAUCAGUCCCACAUCAUUAUGUCUGUGGGUGGGCAAACGCCAGAAGGGGUGGCCUUCACAAAUGGUUACCUGGUCUGCCAGUCUCCGGACAUUAGUGCCUUUAGCCUGCAUCGGGAUGGGUUGAACCGAAAACUAUAUAGCAGUCUUCAAGAUUAUGCCAAGCGUUACUCCUGGGCUGGUAUGGGACGUAUACAUAAAGGAAUCCGUGAACAGUCCCGCUACUUAAGUGAUCGCCUUGCCAUACAGAAGCCCAAGAUAUUUUCCUUGCCUGAUAUGCCAUCUGCACCAUAUUUUCCUCGUGAUGCCCAGCGACAUGAUGUCGAGAUCCUAGAGCGCAACUACCUGAUUGUCUUAAGUGAGUUUGAGAACCUUCAGAGAGACUUUAGCAGUGGAUCAGUCCCAAAAGGGUGGACGGUAAACGCUACAACCUCUGGAGGAUGGUACACUUACUACCUGUAUAACAAGGGCAACUGUGUCCCCACCAACUGUCGCACUUGCCCACGCACCUACCGCAUCCUCAAUACUCUGCGCACCUUUAUCAAUGGCAAUGUUUUUGGCAAUGCCUGCUUCUCUGUCCUGCUACCUGGUACUUUUUUAUCUGGUGAUUAUGGGCCUACUAAUGCACGACUACGGUGCAAUCUAGGUCUGAAGAUUCCACAGGGCUGUGAGCUAGUGGUUGGUGGAGAGCCCCAGUGCUGGUCCGAGGGCUGCUGUCUGCUGGUUGAUGACUCAUUCCUUCACACAACAUCCCAUAAUGGUUCUUUUGAAGAUGGCCCCCGGGUGAUUUUCAUGGUGGACCUCUGGCAUCCAAACAUAGCAGCAGCAGAACGCCAGGCCCUAGACUACAUUUUUGCACCUGGACGAUAAGUGCACAGUGGCAAAGAAAAAAAAGAAAAAAUUUUCAGGGAAGGGGAUAUUUAUUUCAUUCCGUUUCCAAGGUGGGAAUUUUGUAAAAUGAAGCAGGAAACUAUAUGGGAGAGUAAAGUGACAUUACUAAGCUCUCUUGGGAAGACGGAAGGUGUUACAGUACGUUUUUUCAACUGAAAUUCAGAUCUCCAGCAAAUAUAAAUUUUUACUGCAUUUGCAAUAUGGCGCACCAUAGACAUAUGGAAAUGAUAAUCUACAACUUUAUAGAACACGAUGACUCUCACAGAGAGAUACUAUCAAUGCCUGUAUGCCUAAUAUUGAGGGACUCUGGGCUAGCAAGUCUCCAUAGUGUUAGCAUGAAGGCACAUUAGGCAGCUUAAAUAAGAGCUCUGCUUAACCAUAACAGUGUAUCCAUGAAUGGACUUAUUAUAUCUGUAAACUGUUUCCUUUUGUUUUAAGCAAUAUUCACCCCCACAUCCAUGGUAUAUUCCAGAGCCAUGUCAACCAAUGAGAUGGAUUCAUUUGUGUACAGCAUUUUAUAAAUCAUAGUGAACCUGGCAGCAAGGGCAGGUAUUCAGUGCAUAGUUCAGUAACUCUGUGUUAUGAGAUGGUGAAAUCAUACUGUGCUAUAUUGUUUACAUGUACAUUUCUGUAGCACAGGAAGAAUGCAGUAAUUGAUACAAGUUCUCCAUUUAUGUGUUUUCAUUAAGAAACCCAGUUAGCAUAGAUAUUCAAAUUUUCAGUCAUGGCAGACACUAACAGAGCAUAUUUGAUUUGUGAUGGUGCUGUGGCUAGGACUGUCAUUUUUAUAACAAAACAGAGAAAGGAAAACACAGUUCGUAUCUCAGAAUAGCUGAAGAUGUAGCAUUCUCACUGUGAACACACUGUUAGCAUGUUUGACCUUCUGCUUGGAGGGUGAGAACAGUAAUCUGCAGACACAUUUGCAAAUGGCCUCCGUGAUAUCGGUGCAGAUAACAGACAAAUAAGUAAAUAAAUAAAUAAAUCAUUUUUAUACUUACAGUAUUUUAUAGCUGGAAUGGGGACAGUGUUGUCAUUGCAUUAUCCCUGGUAAGAUCCUAGUUGGCAUAUGAUGUUUCAGUUAUUUAUAAGUCCAGUAGGGGACAGACAUAGAUGACCACAAAAGUAGUACUGGGUUUUGCAAGAAACUCAAAGGAGGCAAAUGCGUUAGAGCUUAACCUAAGCCCUGCAGAAAAAAAGGUUAUACAAGGUUUAUAGGUUCAUAGGAAAUUACUAGGCUAACUGCUUAAGAGCCCUUACAAGCCUAGCCAAUAUAACCCAGUUUUACCCAAUAUAUGUUUCCCAGGGGCAAGAGGAAGGCAUGGAUUUAUUGAUCCAAAUUACGUUUGAAGAGGAACAGGGAAGGGCUCUGCAUAAUGUGAAUUGGAAGCCUGUUCCAAAGAUGGGGCAAUCUCUGAGACACAUAUCUGUCUCUCCAGCAUGUUUUGUUUGAGUUGCUGACUAAGUGUAGCUCCCUAAAUCAGUUGACCCUCAUUCUGUUUGACUUGUGGAUGUGUAACAGUUCCAUCAGGGCUGGAUUUGUGAGUGCUUUGUAGAUUGGGCAUAGGUCACUCCUUAAUAGACAGUAGGAGACAGAGUAAAGGUAUAGGGCUUUUAGUUUGUCCAUACAGGACAUGUGGUUUACACCCUAUAUUUUCCUUGUGAGGAACCUCUGAGGUUGCUCAUUGUAAUCCACAAUAAGGUGUAGCUUACAAUUAACAAUAACACAUUCCAGGUGAUAAUAAGGUAUGGGCACUUGAGCUAGUGCCUUUAGUCCAUAAGAUGAACUCUUUUCAGUCCAGAAUUAACUCCUUGAAGUGUCAUAACCCAUUUUUAAAAUGGCUACUGCACUUUUCCCUCACAUCUUCUGAAUAACUCAAUUGGGCUAUGGUCAUGGCUAUAUUGCAACACACAAAAAUGACAUAUUGACCAAUUGUAACAUGUACUUUCCCCCUCCAUUUUAAAAGACAUAUUAAAAUUAGUGGCUCACAGUGCUUAGUUCUUUGGUUUGGUUCUUCUGGGCAGAGUCUGCAUAUCCUGCCUCUGUCCAUGUUUUUGCCUACAGCUCCAGUUUUCUCCUAUGUCCCAAAGAUAUACAGGUAGAUGAAGUGAUCAUGUUCAGAUUGCCUUUAAGUGUGUUUAUAUGUUUCUGUGUGCAUCUGCUUCUGUCCUGCAAUUCCCCAGCAUAAGGCAAAAAAAGGCACAAAAUGUAUGCAUUCUGAAGAGAAAUUCAGGACUGGUUAUUGCUUUAUACCAAUUGUUUGUCAGGUUAGACUCUGGAUUCCCACAGUCCUGAACUGGAUAAAAGGGGUACUGAAAAGAAAUGAAUGACUGGAUGGAAACAAUUAUUAGAAUAAGCAAAUGAAGGACAAAGAUACCUUUGCAGUGAGAAAAACACCACAAGGAGAAACUUGGCUGCAUAAAUUAAAGUCUGCAGGUUGUACAUUAACAAAAAAAGUUAAGAACUAUCACUUCACAGAAGCUGGCUCAUUGCUGUACAGCAUAGUGUAGUAUAAUCUGCCUGCACCACCCAUGGAUCAGGUUUGAUUAGCAUUCCAAGUCAUGCAAGGCUGCCUGAGAUGUGAUAAGACAAGCCAACUUACCUGCCUCAUGGCAGAGGGUGGCAGAACAGUAAAUGAUUCAGACAUUUCCAGAUGUAGGUUCAACAUCCCUUGGUGGAGAUCAGGAGCUUUACUGUAGUCAGACAGGCCUAUGUUAAAGAUGAAAGGCAGGGUGCCUAGCUUUAUGGCAAAGAGGAAUGAAGCCCAACUACAGCCCAUAGCAGCAUGGGUGUUGGAGGUGUGAGGCAGAAGAUGAUGAGUCUGAGCAUCAAAUGCCAACUCACCCAUCAGGGGGAGUCGGUUAGGACCACCAUAUUAACAAAAUUUACUAGUGGGAUGUUGUUCACUCAUGGACAUGGUCUGAGUACUACUGAGCCAAGGAGGUAGAAGUGUGGAAGCACGUGUCUCUCCCUAACCAGAUAACUAUUGUGGAGUUUGCAAGCUGCCUACUACGGAUGGUUGAAUGGGGAGGGAAAGCCACAGGACCAUCAUCUGACCCACCCCCUAAUAGUCAACUCAUGCCUUCCAGGAGAAACGAAUGGGCAAAUAAGGUUCACCAAAUGUCCAUUCCUGGGAUGCCUGUCACUCUCUCAUGGAAGGAUAACAUGAGCCAGUGAGACAAAGGAAGGAGAGCCACUGGACAAAUCCUAUAGCAGAUAAAAAUGAGAGAGGGGGAUCAUGGGAUAUGACUUUGUGAUCAAAUGGAAAUUGAGCCAGUCCUUUCUGAAGUAACAUGAUUAAGUAAAUGACAAAAAAAAUUCUGCAUGCCACCUCCCCCCCCAUGUAGGGGGAUAUUUCUGCAUCAUAUUCUCUAACAUAAUCAGCGCAAAGAAAACUGCAUCAAAGGGGGAAACUGCUAGUUCCCAUAGGAGGCAAUUUAGGAGUAAAACACACUAACAAGGGAGCAUCUGAUGAGAUCUGCAGUGAACUGUGGCUCUUUAGCUUUUAUUAUUUACAUUAAGCACAGUGUGCUCUGCAGCCCUAUACAGAUAUGUGUACAUACUGUAACUUCCCAUCUACAUUAAUGGCCCAAAGUCCACAUUAAGGAAUAACAGAGACCAACAGCUUCCUGUUGUGUGAUAAGUCAAAGGUCACAUGGAGCCCUUUGCUCUUACCUGUCCCCUUACUAGGCACCCCACUGGAAAACAUCACAUGGCAGUUCUCAAUGGAGAGGGUAUAACUCAUCUUGCACCACACCAAGUCAUAUAAGGUGAAGGUGGCCAGCAACAGAAAAGAGAAAUGAAUAAAGCCAGAAGUGCUAAUAGCAUAAUCCUGAGGUUAAGAAAAGAAGAGCAACUAUCACAGUCCAGAGCAGCACGUUUUAAUAGUACCUUCUAGUGCCUCAGCUACAGCAGCCUUCAAAGGAUGUACACAUUCAAACCACAAACUAGUUCACACGUACAAACCCUACCCAUUGUAAAACAUUAAAAACAUCAAUUAAAAGCAUUAACUAAUUACUGCACUCCAAUUAAUUUCCUGAUUAAAAUCAAAGCUGUCAGCCUAUUACAGUGUAAAAUAGAGCAUGUUUCCUUGUAUCUCAAAAUCCUCUUUACCAGUUCCAUCAACUCUCUCCUUUUUCAUGUACUUAUAAACAAUGUCUGACCUCAUAUUUGAAUAUUCUACUUCCUGGUAAAUUAUUAAAGAGCUGUGCCAGUGGACUACUGAUUUUUUUUUUUUUUAACAUUUCUGCAGUGCUCUUUAAGUCCAUCUGAAAAUUUCCUUUUUGUUUCUCCAAAGUAGACUUUUUUACAAGGCACUGUAUAACAUAUACUACAGUCUUACCUUUGUAAAAAUUAUUAUCAUACAACCUUACACUGUGAGUGCUUGUUCUGAUUUCACAUCUGACCACCAUAAAGCUACAACCACUGCAAUGUUCGCACACCUGAGGAAUUAUUGCCCAGAUACCCUCUUUAGUUACACUAACAUUUGUUGGUGUAUACUGGCUAUGUACUAUCGGGUCUACGUUGAAUGAUCGAAAUUACAAAACUUCAAACUCAUAUGGUCGGGACCAUAUGAUCGAAGUUUUUUAAUAUUGAAAAUUCAAAAAAAAAAAAAAACAACUUAAAACACAUAUAUGCAGGGGGCAAGACCCCCUGCACCCCCCACGUAUAUCAUAUCCUUAACACUCCGACCCAGAGGAGUAAGAAACUUUAACAUUUCCAGGGAUGGCUACCUUUAUUCUUAAAUCAUCCUUAAUAAAAUGUCAGUUAUCUUUAAUAUUUUAAAUUAAGAUAGGACUACAUGCAUUAUGCUGCAUCACUAAAUAUAAAUCACAAUCCUUAACUUUAUUAUUUUCAGUGUUAAUCAAAUCCUUGUAUGUACAUCCAAAAAUCGAUUCCUUUCUGCCUUCCUACCUUCCACACAGGCCUUAACUUUCAGGUUGCCUGCUUUUGCCAUGUACACAUGGCGCAGCAUUGGAUUCUUUUCUACAUAUUUUUGUUGUUACCAUAUUCUUUUUACUUCCUAUUAAUGUUAAAUUUAAAAAAAAAAUCAAUUAUUUUUAUAUUCAUUUUCAUUUUAAACUUUAACCAAAAUCUAUUUUCUUAUAAACCUACAUAAAUAUAUGUAAUUUGUCAGCUCUCCCUUUACAUAUAAAUAGUAAGUCAUAUUUUUAUCUUAUAUAUUUCACUAUAUUCUCAAUAAAAUAAUCUGUAGUAUAAAUAUAUUUCAUUUCAAAAAGCCCCAAGGUCAAAUUGCCAUACAAAGUGAAAAUAAUGGCCUCCACUGCAGUCCCUUAUUUUUGUCUAUACAUUUUAUCAAAAACAAAAAGUUACUGUUCAGGCUAAACCAAAUGACUUCACAUAUGAUGAGAUUAUAGGAGUUGGCUAUUAGGAAUGUCCAGCAGAAGACAGGACAAUUGUAGACACAAAAUUAAAAUAUAAUGAUUAUGAGCAUAGGAAAUGGAGAAAGGAAAAUACUUUGCUGAGACUGGAUGAAGGAGAUAUGGCAACAAAUGAGAGAAAAUAAUGCUGACUAUAUGAACCACUUGCUCCAUCCCAUGGUCAAGUUCUCCAUUUUCAAGGGCAGUAUCUCCUUUCUUGGUAUGAAGCAAAGUAUGACAGGCCACAAGAAAUGCAGUGAUCAGUAGUGAGUCAGACUGGCAUUGUGGGUACCAUUAACAGUAUUGUUGCAGGGCAUAUUAGACCAGCCACUACAUCUGAAAGAAAGAAUGAACACAGAAUUAAGCAAUGAAUGUAAGUAAGGAAACUCAGCAUCUCUUGCAGGUGGUCUUCCUAACCAUAGAAGCUUUCUGCAUCAUAUCAUACAGCUGCAUACAUUCUGGACUGCAAUGUCUUACCUGUACCACCCAAACCAUUGCAUUGCAUUCUGGACUGCAAUAAUCUGGUUGGUGCAGUUUGGACAUGGGCUACAUUACCAGGGCCAGCUAAGAGUUGCCAGCAGUACUCGACUGUCAGCUGGGUGAUGUGCUCUGGUAUUCAGUAAGGUGUGAUUCAUGCUUAAGAUGUGGGUGUAAGUUACUAAAAACUUGCAGUUGCAUACAUUGUCAGUUACAAACACCAGGCAUAGUACGAGGUUGCACAAAGGGAUUGUAGGUGGCUGGUGCUCUCUGCUUCAGCUCACUGGGAAUGACAAACUAGUACUGAUUCAAAAGUGCAUUUUGCUUUGUAUAUUCACAAUAAAUUAAACAUUAUUUUGCACAA